AGGUGAACACCAACGGCAGCGUCCUGCUGAGCGAGAUCGUGGGCACCAUCAAGCUCAAGGUCUUUCUCUCCGGCAUGCCCGAGCUGCGUCUGGGCCUCAACGACCGCAUGCUCUUCGAGCUGACGGGGCGGGGCAAGAACAAGUCGGUGGAGCUGGAGGACGUGAAAUUCCACCAGUGCGUGCGGCUCUCGCGCUUCGACAACGACCGCACCAUCUCCUUCAUCCCGCCCGACGGCGACUUCGAACUCAUGUCCUACCGGCUCAACACGCAGGGGGAGCCCCUCAUCUGGAUCGAGUCUGUCAUCGAGAAGUUCUCCCACAGCCGUGUGGAGAUCAUGGUCAAGGCAAAGGGCCAGUUCAAGAAGCAGUCGGUGGCCAACGGGGUGGAGAUCGCGGUGCCCGUCCCCAGCGACGCCGACUCCCCCAAGUUCAAGACCAGCGUGGGCAGCGCCAAGUACAUGCCGGAGAAGAACGUGGUCGUCUGGAGCAUCAAGUCGUUCCCGGGGGGGAAGGAGUUCCUGAUGCGGGCUCACUUUGGGCUGCCCAGCGUGGAGAAGGAGGAGGUGGAGGGGCGGCCGCCCAUAGCUGUCCAUUACCAGCUCCGGACCCACCCCAACAUCCAGGACGAGGCGGGCCGGGCUCCUGCCCACGAUGCCGCUCGCACCGGCUUUCUGGACACCCUGCGGGUGCUGGUGGAGUACGGGGCCGACGUCAACGUGUCUGACGGGGCAGGGGCGCUGCCCCCCCCCGUGGCCGUCCGGGAGGGGCACGCGGAGGUGGUGCGGUACCUGGCGCCCGAGUCCGACCUGCGGCAGCGGGACGUCGAGGGGCGCACCCCCCUGGAGCUGGCCCGUCACCUGGGCCUCUCGCACAUUGGGGCCAUCUUGGAGCAGCACCUCUCUGCCCCGGCGUAG